ACAACACCACAACACAGACACAGGAGCUUCAACACACAAGACUACAGCAGAGGAAGAAGAAGAAAGAACAUCAAGAACACAGCAACAACAGAGGAAGAAGCAUCAACAGCAACAACACACACACAUGACCUUCAGCAUCUCGACAGCAAUGGGGGAGAGCCGCCAGGAGUACAUGAUCCGAUUCGACGCCCACUUCGAGGACCCAUCCCCGAGCUCCGCGAUCGCCGAGCCACCGCCACUGCCGCCGGCGCAGCCAUUCGCCGGCAGAGCGAUCACCCCGGAGCAGGAGCACAGCGCCAUGGUCGCCGCGCUGCUGCACGUCAUCUCCGGCUACACCACGCCGCCGCCGGACAUCUUCCCGGCGGCGACGGCGGCGCGCCGGGAGGCCUGCGCGGCGUGCGGCGUCGACGGCUGCCUCGGCUGCGAGUUCUUCGGCGCCGAGGCCGCACUGGACGCGCAGAAGACGACCGCCUCCGCGCCGGCGCCGCCGGCCAAGCCGCAGAGGAAGCGGAGGAACAAGAAGAACAAGUACCGCGGCGUCAGGCAGCGGCCGUGGGGCAAGUGGGCGGCGGAGAUCCGCGACCCGCGCCGCGCCGUGCGCAAGUGGCUCGGGACCUUCGACACCGCCGAGGAGGCCGCCAGGGCAUAUGACAGCGCCGCGAUCGAGUUCCGCGGCCCGCGCGCCAAGCUCAACUUCCCGUUCCCCGAGCAGCAGCACCAGCCUCUCGACGCCAGCCAAGUCCAACCCAAGGACGACGACGACAGCAAUGCCCCGGCCAGAUCAGACACCUACACGCCCUCGCCCCGAAGCGCGCCGGACGUCGUCGAUGUCCGGGCGCCGCAGGGGUGGGAGGAAACAGGGGACCAGCUGCUCUGGGACGGGCUGCAGGACCUGAUGAAGAUCGACGACAGCGAGCUCUGGUUCCCGCGGUCUUCCAAUUCCUGGAAUUGAACCUGCCUGAUUAGAUGAUCCCGGCCGUUGGGCUGGAGUAGAGUGGAAAAGACCACUUCACUGGCUCUUUUUUUCUUCUUCUUCUUCUUCUUCUCUUCUUAGUACUACCACCUCUGUUGUAUUAUUUGACCGAAACAGAGUUUGUGAAUUACACUACUAGGGUUGGCUGUAUCAACUGUAUACCUAUGAACGAGGCAAUUUUGGGUUUGUGCUUCA